GAAGAAAUAAUUAAAAAGAGAGCUAAAUGCAAAGGAAGCCCAUAAAAACGACGGUUCCUUGCAGUGUUUGUUUUACGGGCCUAGGUUCUCGUCUCUUUUCUAGGGUUUCCGAUCUCAUCCCCUUCCCCUUUUCUCUCUAUCUUCCUCGUAGUUGCAUCACCCCGUUUCCUGUCUCUGGGUUUUUCUUGUGAUCUAUUCGAAGCUUCGGGAAUUCUCCGGAGGCGGCGAUGGGGCGGAAGAAGAACGUGGCGAUCGACGACGACGAGUACUCUUUCCCUCAGGAGGACGACGACGCCCCGCCGCCGCCGCCGCCGGAGAAGGAGACCCGAUCCGCCCCCGCCGCGAACAAGAAGAACAAGAAGGGCGCCAAGGCCCAGCGCGGCGCUGCCGCCGCCGCCGGGGCGGUGGAGGAGGAGGAGGCGCCGCCGGCAGCGGCGGCGGAGGACGAGGAGGAAGAUCCCGCUCCGAUCGUCUUUUCAGGUAAGAAAAAAUCAUCUAAAUCUAAGAAGAGUAGUGGUAGUAGCGGUGUGAGCGCGUUUAGUGCCCUCAACGCCCUUGGCGAGGAUGAUGAUGAGGAGAAUAAUGAGCCAGAGCCGAAGCCUGCGGUGGAGAAUAACCACGUGGGGGAUGGGGGCGAUGAGGGCAGGGAUCUUGAUGUCGAUGUCGAUCUUGAUUUCGGGAAGAAUAAGAAAAAGAAGAAGAAGAAGGGUGGACGGAGCGCCCAGGAGGAGGAGGAUUUGGACAAGCUGGUUGCCGAGCUAGGCGAGGGCCCUUCCACGGCUGCUGCUGUGGCACCGCCUGCGCCGCAGGCCGAGGAGGAAAUGGGUGAGGAGAAAGAAGAGGAAGCGGCUGCUGCGGAGGAGGCUGCGGCAUCGAAGAAAUCACAGAAGAAAAAGAAGAAGAAGAGUGGGCGGACUGCCCAAGAGGAGGAGGACUUGGAUAAGAUCCUUGCCGAGCUCGGAGAGGGACCGCCGCCUCCUGCCCCACCUUCAACUUCCGCUCCUGCUGUUGCUGCUGCCGCAUCUGCACCCCCUCCUGUGGUAGAGGAUUCCGCUCUUGCAGUUACUACACAGGAGGAGCAGGGUGAGGGUGAGGAGAAGGAUGGGGAAGGUGAGGCGGAGUCCGCCGCAGCAAAGAAGAAGAAGAAGAAGAAGGAGAAGGAGAAAGAGAAGAAGGCGGCUGCAGCAGCUGCUGCUGCAUCUGCUGCAUCGGUGGAGGUUAAGGAGGAGAAGAAGGAGGAAGCCAAGGGGAAGGGUCCCGCCGGAAAGAAGCCCUCGAAGGCUGUGAGGGAGAUGCAGGAGGCGCUGGCGAGGAUGAAGGAGGCAGAGGAGAGGAAGAAGCGGGAGGAGGAAGAGCGACUGCGGAGGGAGGAGGAGGAGAGGAAGCGGCUAGAGGAUCUCGAGAGGCUUAAGGAGGAGGCUAAAAGGAGAAAGAAAGAGAGGGAAAAGGAGAAGCUGCUGAAGAAGAAGCAGGAGGGCAAGCUCUUGACUGCAAAGCAAAGAGAAGAGCAGAAGAGGUUGGAGGCUAUGAGGAAACAAUUCCUUGCUCAGAGCGAUGCACCUGCAGCUGAUGGUGUUAGUGUUAGUGGUGGUGGUGAGGUAAAGAAAAGGCCAAAGUACGAAACAAAGAAGCACAGACCGGCUCAGGCAAAGGCUGUAGAAGUGGAGAAGGUGGCUGAGACUCAGCAAGAGACCAAUGAACCUGAUAAUAACGAGGAGGAUGUUGAAGAUUCAUUGGCUGAAGAUCAGUCGCAAUCGCAUAGUGUGGAGGGUGAUGGUACAGCGGAUGGCCACCAGGAGGAGCCAGAAGAGGCUAAACCAAUGGAAGAAGAUGAAGAUGAGGAUGAAGAUGAAUGGGAUGCAAAGAGCUGGGACAAUGUGGAUGUGACAUUGCCUGCUACAAGUCCGUUUGAUGAGGAAGAACAGGAGGAAACGGAGGCCAAGCCUGUCGCUAAAAGGAGUGCUCCGCCUGAACCUCAGGAAAUUCUUAAAGCCCCUGCAAAGCCUGCUGUCAAGAAGGUUGUUGCUCCACAUGAUUCAAAGACUGGAGAGAAUGAACUUGAAAGCAAAUCCAGCACCAACAUUAAAAAAGAAAAAGAAGUCGUUGCAAAGCAAGAUAUAAAGGCUACAGAGGAGAAAGCAAAGAAAGGUAGUAGUGACUUGCGAUCACCCAUAUGUUGCAUUCUUGGCCAUGUUGAUACUGGGAAGACCAAGUUGCUAGAUUGUAUUAGGCAGACCAAUGUGCAGGAAGGAGAGGCUGGUGGUAUUACCCAACAAAUUGGGGCUACGUAUUUUCCAACUGAGAAUAUUAGAGAGAGAACCAAGGAGCUAAAGGCGGAUGCGACACUGAAAGUUCCUGGCUUGCUUGUUAUUGAUACCCCUGGCCACGAGUCCUUCACUAACCUGCGUUCCAGAGGCUCGAGCUUGUGUGAUAUCGCCAUAUUGGUCGUGGACAUCAUGCAUGGGUUGGAGCCACAAACUAUAGAAUCUCUGAAUCUCUUGAAAAGUCGGAACACAGAGUUCAUUGUUGCUUUAAAUAAAGUUGAUCGACUAUAUGGAUGGAAGAGAAGUCCUAAUGCCCCUAUAGUGAAGGCUCUCAAACAACAGUCUGAAGAUGUUAAAAGGGAGUUUAAUAUGAGACUUACUCAAAUAGUAACACAAUUCAAGGAGCAGGGUCUAAAUACUGCUCUUUACUACAAAAAUAAGGAGAUGGGGGAAACGUUUAAUAUUGUACCCACUAGUGCUAUAAGUGGAGAAGGGAUUCCAGAUCUUCUGCUACUGUUGAUUCAGUGGGCACAGAAGACAAUGGUAGAGAAGCUAACCUAUGUUGAUGAAGUUCAGUGCACUGUGCUGGAAGUUAAGGUUAUUGAAGGUCUAGGAACUACCAUUGAUGUUGUGCUGGUAAAUGGUAUACUUCAUGAAGGGGAUCAAAUAGUUGUGUGUGGCAUGCAGGGCCCUAUUGUGACAAAUAUUAGAGCUCUGUUAACCCCUCAUCCAAUGAAGGAGCUUCGAGUAAAGGGCUCAUAUCAACAUCACAAGGAGCUAAAGGCUGCACAAGGGGUGAAAAUUUCAGCACAGGGACUUGAACACGCGAUUGCAGGGACCGCUCUAUAUGUUGUAAAGCCCAGUGAUGAUCUCGAAGAGAUAAAAGCAGCAGUCAUGCAUGACAUGAAUAAGGUCAUGAGCCGGAUUGACAAGAGCGGUGAGGGCGUGUACGUCCAAGCCUCCACACUUGGGUCCUUGGAGGCCCUAACCGAGUUCUUAAAAAGUCCAGCUGUUAAUAUUCCCUUCAGCGACUUUAGUAUAGGCCCGGUCCACAAGAAGGACGUGAUGAAGGCCAGUGUUAUGCUCGAGAGGAGAAAGGAAUAUGCUACCAUAUUGGCAUUUGAUGUCAAAGUGAUGCCUGAUGCUCGUGAGCUUGCUGAUGAGACUGGCGUGAGGAUUUUUGUGGCAGAUAUUAUAUAUCACCUGUUUGACCAAUUUAAGGCAUAUAUUGAUAACUUGAGGGAGGAGAAGAAAAAGGAGAGUGCGGAAGAGGCCGUAUUCCCGUGUGUUCUUAAGAUCAUGCCGAACUGCAUCUUUAACAAGAAGGACCCUAUUGUUUUGGGUGUCGAUGUUCUCGAAGGCAUUCUUAAGGUGGGUACUCCUAUCUGUGUCCCUUCAAGGGAUUUCAUUGACAUAGGGAGGAUUGCCUCGAUCGAAAUUAACCACAAACAGGUUGAUGUGGCUACGAAAGGGCAGAAGGUGGCUAUAAAGAUCGUAGGGAGCAAUCCUGAAGAACAACAGAAGAUGUUCGGUAGACAUUUUGAGAUGGACGAUGAGCUCGUUAGUCACAUCUCGAGGAGAUCCAUCGAUAUCCUCAAAGCAAACUAUAGGGAUGAUUUGUCUAUAGAAGAGUGGAAGCUCGUCGUGAGGUUAAAGCAGAUUUUCAAGAUACCCUGAAGUGUGGAAGAUUAGUAUGUCUGUCUGCUAUAUCCUGAGAUCGCUUAAAAGAAGUUGCAUGUGCAGUAGCAUUUUGAAGAGGCUGACGAUAAUGCUACACCGGCAUCUGCGGACGAAGGUCAAUUUCCACACAGUUGGCUUUGCAAAGGAUGCGAAAAUAUGUUGCGAGUUUACAGUGGCGAUUGCUGAGGGCUUUCGACUUGUUUUACGUUUUCCUUUUUGUUUUCCUUUUUGUUUUGUUUUGUUUCUUGUUUCAUAUCGGUUCGAUGCGCCCUUUUUAAUUUUAUUUUUAUUUAAUUUUUGUUUAGGCAAUAAAUACUACAUUUGGGGUGCUGAGUGGGAAAAAAAUCACUUGUUGAGGUACUUUCGCGUUUUAAAGUUUCAUGAUGUGAGAAUUAUUAUAGUCUUUGCGUU